UUGUUUUAUCUCCUCUUCCUAAAGGACACAGACACACAUUCAGUCUCUGGCUCUGCCUAUUCCACACAGAGAAAGCUUAGAGCAUUCUUUGUGGUCCUAAGUGAACGUACACAUCAGCGCACACAUCAAUGCACACACACACAUCAGCAGGCACAGAGAGGACCUCCGGCAGCACAAAACAAGUUUGCAUCCCAUCGACAAGCACCAACCGUUAGGGAGUCCACUGAGUAGGAUCUACAUUACCCACCAGCCUGGUCACAACAGAAAGGGCAAAACUGUACGGGAAGAGGUGGGACAGUGCGACAGAUUCACAUGAACUGUAUUCUCUGAGAUCAGACGGGGAUUAACACGGACAAGAAGCAAGGAUAAAAGACGAGAACAGUGAAAAGUGUUAGAGCUGGAUUGACAGAAGGUUUAAACUUGGCAAUCAUCGGAACUGCUCCUCCCUUGCGAUCCCUCUGUCUGAAAAGGCUGCUCAGCGAGGUCCUGCAAGAAUGCAUCACCAAAAUGGAAUAUUUAUGCUGGCUAUCUUGUCAUGCCUGUUGGUUUUCACAACCAUAGGGACGGAGGUUGGAAAAAAAGAGAAACCAGAAAAGAAAGCUAAGAAAUCAGACUGUGGAGAGUGGCAGUGGAGUGUUUGUGUACCUACCAGUGGGGACUGUGGAGUGGGUACACGGGAAGGUACUCGAUCUGGAAAGGAGUGCAAACAAACCAUGAAAAUGCAGAAAUGUAAAAUCCCCUGUAACUGGAAGAAGCAGUUUGGAGCUGAAUGCAAGUACCAGUUUCAGGAAUGGGGGGACUGUGAUCCAGAAAAAGGUGUGAAGACACGAAAUGGUAGCCUGAAAAAGGCAUUACAUAAUGCAGAGUGUCAGGAAACUGUUACCCUAUCCAAGCCAUGUGGGAAGAUCACCAAACCCAAACCCCAAGAAUCCAAAAAGAAGAAAAAGGAAGGUAAAAAGCAAGAGAAGCUGAUUGACUGAGCAAGCUUGGACUUGGCGAGCUGAAAAGGAAUGGCUUGAAGAAGCUCCUGCAUUCACAGGGCAACAUAACAUUUUAUUUUCUACCUAGACCUGCGAUCUCCUAGCCCAAUGUUAGGGUAGAGGGGGACAAGCUACUACCUAGAAGGGUUUUGUGAUUGGGGGCAUUUUUGUUUCCUCUUUUUUUUUUUUUUUUAAACCAUAACACUGUGUUAGGUGACAUUGCAGAGAAUGGGAUUUACUUUUUAUUAGAAAUGUAUAUAGUUAAUCGCAGAACAGAGCACGUUUGGUGCUGAUAUGUAGAAAAUGCUUAUUCUCUAAUAGUAAAUAACAGUUGAUGGGAUUUGUAUAUUAUGCCUGUCUUUUGUAUUAUUAUUAAUAUUCCUCCACCUAUACGAGAAUCCAGCAACACCGUAAAAAACAAAUGUAACUUGGCUACUACUAAAGGCAGCACUCAACACGACUUGUAAUGGUUAUUGUGCAAAGAGAUUGUAGAUGCCUUCUUCUUGGUUUAUUUUGAUCAAAUUUGGAGUAGACUGAAAAUGUCAGCACCUAUGGUUUGGCCCCAUCGGCUGCAGUUCAGCAAAUGUCAUUAUGAAAAACCACAUUAGAACGUCCAACUUUCAGUGGCAAUAAUAGGCUGAGACUGCUGGACAAAGCUGUUCCCGGUUUCACAGCUUAUUAUCGCUGGCCACAGUUGUAAUGAUUCACUUCCUUAUUCGCCAAGUAGAAGCUGACAAGUCAAGCUUUAGA